AACCACAACCACAACGGUUAUAACAAUAACAAAAAAGAGAUUUUCUUUUUUUCGUGGGACGAAGAAAUCGCAUUUGCAUUUCACCGCGGACCCAAGAUUAAAUUGGAUCAAAUCGAUGGAAGUUUUGGUUUAUUUGUUUGUGUGCGCGGGUUUCGUUUCGGCCAAGAGUGCUACUUUCAUAUAAGAAAAGGGUUACCAGUUACCAGAAUCUGGAAUAAUAAAUAUCUAAAUGCAAAUAUUGGAAACCCGUUAAGAAGAAACAAUAGGAAUAUUUUUUUUGGGAGAGUCCCCCAGCGGGAGUGGGCAAUGUUUGACGAUCGUCGAUCCGCAACUUUGUAGGAUUGUAACAUGGGCAAUCGCAACAGCAGGGGCGUGGAUUUGGCCGCCUUGGAGGGAGCAUCUGGAGGGGAGGGAACCUCCAGGUUCAACACCCGGCGAAGAUAUCAGCAGCACAAGAGGGAGUAUUGUCUACAGAACGAGUACCGCUCGAAGACCCUGCCCGCCCGCCAUCCGCAGCAAAAUGAUCCCCCGCAGCAGAAGAACCAAGGAAACCAGGAGCGUUUGGGCUCGAGCAGUUGUUUGGGUGGCGGACAGAAUGCAUCGAGCAAUAAUGCAACACCGCACAAUCCAAACGGAGAGACGUCGAGGGUUCUGUUUCUGCUCUACUUGAUUCACCGCACCUGGAACGUGGUCAUGGACACAAUGGACUCACGCACCAAGAGUCGCUCGCAACGCGGGGACUCCCCCCAAAAAGAGGCACCCGCGGAUGUAAAUGUGGAUAUUGAACUGCAGCCGACCAUCCAACGACCUCUCGACGAAGAGUGCUCUAUUGGCAUCACCGACUUGGAUGCCUCCUCGUUCUGCUCCCAGUACUCCUGUUGCAGCUGCAGCUACUGCGAUGUGGGGACCACGGGGACACAGACAAAUGUCUACAGCUCCAUUGGCGACGACUAUUCCCUGGAUUCCAUGUACGAAGCGGGAAAGUCGAUAGUUGACAGCGACACAUCGACACUGCAGCGACACCAGAUGGCUCCCAGUGUCUGCGAAAUGGCUGGCCAGGGUCAAAGUAGUCAGGUGGCAGCACAAAAGACCAACGGAUCCAAUAGCUCGGGGACGAACAAGUGCGGAGCGAGCAGUCUCAAUGGAUCCCUGGCCUCCUACAAGAUAGGCGGCUCUGAGCAGAGUUGGCCCCAGGCGCCAGUAUUCAGCAAGGAAAACCAGCGACCGCCUGUCUACAAUCCCGAGGACUAUGUGCACUCGCUGAGGAAGUUCAUCAAGGCCAGCAGUUCGGCCAAGAAGCUGACCAUCUACGAUGUGAGCACGGGUUUGAGUGCCAAGGAAGAGGCCUCCAGAUCGGCCACCCUGCCAGCCAAACACUCGGAGUACAAAUCUCCCAUUCCUGCUCCGCCAGAAAAUGAUAGAGAGAUGUCCCUGCGUCAGUUUGGCUCCAUCACAGAUUUGCUCACCAAGCUGAGGGCUGAUUUAAGGGUUUCCUUUCCCAGCUUCGUUCAAGAGUUUGUGGGCACUCCUGCGGAUGGCAUCAGCCACUUGCUGGAGGUCCUGCGCGCCAUUCAAAUGGCCCAGGCCAGCAAUGGCCCAGCUCCGAUGCCAGGAGCCAGUAGUUCCCUGGCCAUGACCAGGAAUCCACAGAGCUAUCAACGAAGAGCUCUGCUGGAUGAGCUGUCCUGCCUGCAAUGUCUCAGCAUCUGUAGUUCGCGAUCCCUGGAUGCCAUAGCCCGUUUGGGAAACACACCGGUGGGUCUCAUGCCCCUGGCUUCCUCGGCCACUGGUCAGGGCAUCCGAGCUCGCAUUCUGGCCCUCCAGUUGCUCGCCUCCGCCUGCGAUCGUCAGCCUUUCGGGGGAGGCAGUGGUGGUCAGAAGAUUGCCUCGGCGGGACACACAGCCGUUUCGGAUGCCAUGUCCACGUUGCGAUUGCGAUGCAGUGAACCGGUGAGGUUUCGCCUGCUGGUGGGGAUCCUGAAUAGUGGAGGAGGAUCCGGGGAGCUGCAGUGUGCGGGUGUCAAAUUUCUCAACACCUUCAUUGAGAGCGCGGUGAGCAUUCAGCAGCGUCUGUACAUCCAGGCAGAGCUCUUCCAGGCGGGCUUGGAUGCCAGCACUUUGGCCAGGACCAUCUCCUCCUCAUCCCCCUGGCUGGAUGCCCUGAAGAUCGAGGUGAAGCGGUUCAAUGAACUCCACAUAGAUGUGGAUCAGAUGAUCACCCAGGCCAGGGAUGCGGAGCGCGUGCGCAGCCAGAUGGUGAUCCUCGAAAGGAGAGUGCAGAUCUUGCACGAGGAGAAGGCCGUGCUGACCUCCAUGGAGCGGCGGCUCCAGGAACGCUGUGCGGAGCUCCAGCGCGAGAUCUUCCGCCUGCAGGGCAACCAGCAGCAGCAGCAGUCCAAGUUCAAACCAGUGGAUUCCCCAUCCUCUGGCCAUCACCAGCCAGUGGCCCUUCCCCGCCAGGUUGCUCCCCCGAAGAAGAACAAACAGAGCAGCUCGGAGCACGAGGAUGAGGGGAUUAGCAGCUCGGAAACGGGUGCCUCCCUGAGUCCUGUGCCCAUUUUGGUCCUGCCCUCCAAGGCGAAGCAGUCGCGAAAGGUGGUAAAGCAGCCAAAGGAGGAGCAGGAGGAUGAAGAUGAUGCGGCCACCAUAGAGGAUGUGAUUGAGGAACUGGAUAAUAUAGUUAGCGAGGCGGAGAAGCAGAUCAGCAGUACCCAUUCCAAGAUGCGACACCAUCGCUCGGUGGAGAAGGAUAUAGUACCAGUUAAUAUAGUACCACAGCCUCCCAGGAAAUCCCGAUCCUUGGCUCACCUGGUUGCCCGUACGGACUGCUCCGAUCAGGAGGGUUCGGAUUAUGGGAUGGUCCUGCAUCAACCAGGAGAUCCUGCGGCCGCCGAGCGCCUGGCCGCCAUGCAGAGCUUCUUCGAUGAGGUGGACUACGAUGCUCCCGAAACGGAUCAACCGGCGGCCUAUCAAAUGGAGUCCCCUACUCCCGAUAUGCCAGAGGCUAAUGCCACGGCAACUGCUUACAAUGCCAGCACAAAUCGGGAGUUACUAGAUGUGAUCAUGAAUGCGCGGCACGAUGAACACGAUCCCACGAUGCAGGCCUUGAGGAAAAGUGCCCAGGAUAUGGCUCCAGUUAUUCCGAUUCCCCAUCACCCGGUGAAGGUCAAGGCUCCAGCGCCACCGCCUCCCACGCCCCCAGCCCAACAAUUCAAUGGGGUCUUCUUUAUGACCGGGAUGAACACCCCGCAGAAGUAUCCCAAGCCGGACAUCUCGGCUGCCCUGCAGGCGAGGAGGGUCACCAAGAAUGUGGAGCGACUGGAGGCCGCCUUCGCCUCAGCUCAUCCCGAAGCUCUCAAUGAAGCGGCGAUUGGAAGGGAAAAGUCGAGGAGCAAUCAGCAGAUAUACUUCACCAGCAAUCUGGCCAUGAGGAUGCAUGAUCACUCCGCGGGUUUUGGUGGACAACCAACCAUGCGAUCGCGUUCCCACACCCAGGGUUCCAUGUCCAAGGUCACGGAUCUGCCCUCCGGUCUCUACUAACCACGAUACUCCAGAAAGAACUUAAUCUCCUGUGCAAUAAACACAAUCCACACUCCUAGGUUUAUAGAACAUCUAUUUAUAGAACAUCUAAAGCUAUCCAUUAUACGAUAAACACGUUUCUUAUGCAACACAUCUCGAGAUAACUGCAAACCAGACUAGUUUUAGUUACGGUGGCAGCUUCAACCGGGUAUCUAGUUGAUAAGUAUUAGUUCCGUAGUUCAUGUCUAGCCUAAUUGAUUCAUUUUCUUUGA